AUGGCCUCAAGAACCACAAGGGUAGGGUCAAGUAAUGGGAAUGAAAGGUUCGAUCAAAUUCUUGAUCUGCUCAAUCAGCAAAGUGCAAGGAUGAAUGAUCUCGAACAAGAGGUUCAAAGGGUCAGAGAAGUCCGACAGGAAGCGCCAAGGGUUGAGGAGCAACCCGACAACCAAGCCAGAAUAGAGGAAGAGCUGGCAAAGGAUUUAAAAAGGAUAGCCCCGCCAAAGUUUGAUGGAAAAACAAUUGGCGAUGGUGUAGAGGCAUGGGUCAUUGAAAUGGAGAAAUAUUUUGGUCUUCACAAUAUGUCAAAUGAAACCAAGGUAGUUUGGGUUGCUUAUCAGUUGUCUGGUGAAGCUGCUACUUGGUGGGAAAAUGAAAAGUCAGAAAGGAAACUACAACCAAGAGAGAUCACUUGGGAUUUGUUUUUACAAUCCUUCAAGAAAAGAUGGCUUCCACAAUUAUUCUUUGACAAGAAGAUGAUAGAAUUUCAAAACCUUACUCAAGGUAGUAUGUCGAUAACACAGUACUGGGAGAAAUUUACUAAUCUCCUUAAGUACGUUCCGCAAUACCAAAUGGAUGAAAGGUUCUGCAUCCAGAAGUUCAUUUUGGGAUUAAGAACUGAUAUAGGAGCGGAGGUGGACAUCCAUAAUCCAUUAACCGUGGAGGAGGUAUUUGAAAAGGCGACUAAGCAAGAGCAGAAGUUACAGCAGUUGGGGAACCUCUGA